AGAUAAAAUAAAAUGUGAAAUGACCAACUUGCCCCCUAGCAUCGCCUAACCCUUAAAAGACACAUAAAAUACACACUGCGAAAGUACGAAGCCAUCGUGUGCGAUACAGAGGAAAACUUCAUCUUCAUCGUCAAUGGCUUCCACCUUUACAUCUCUGUCGAAUGUCGUCGCCUCAUUUCCGGGCUCAAAAAGCGUUUCACAGAUCGGAAUAGUGAGCCCAACAUGCAGCUCAAUCAAGCUUCCCAGCAGGGUGUCUUCUUCCUCCAGUUUAACGACGUCGUCUGAUUCCUUCACCGGCUCGUCUCGUCUUUUAUCUCUCAAAUCCUCAUCAUCCCACAUCCUUUCUCGGAGGAAAAUUGGUCAUCGUAGCUCAAUUCAAGCUAGUGCUGAGGCAGUACCUUUACAAUCUAAAGUUACCCACAAAGUAUUUUUUGACAUAAGCAUUGGGAAUCCAGUGGGAAAGCUUGUUGGAAAAAUUGUAAUUGGAUUGUUUGGUGAUGAUGUACCCCAAACGGCAGAGAACUUCCGUGCCCUUUGCACAGGCGAGAAAGGCUUUGGGUACAAAAACUCUACAUUCCACCGUGUAAUUAAGGAUUUCAUGAUUCAAGGAGGGGACUUUGACAAAGGGAAUGGAACUGGAGGUAGGAGUAUUUAUGGUCGGACGUUUAAAGAUGAGAACUUUAAGUUGACUCAUGUUGGUCCAGGAGUUGUUAGCAUGGCAAAUGCAGGCCCAAACACUAAUGGAAGUCAGUUCUUCAUAUGCACAGUCAAGACACCAUGGCUGGAUCAGAGGCAUGUGGUAUUUGGGCAAGUUUUGGAAGGAAUGGACAUUGUUAGACUGAUUGAGUCACAAGAGACCGACCGCGGAGAUCGUCCUAGAAAGAAGGUGACUGUGAGUGACUGUGGUGAGCUUCCAAUCGCUUGAUCUUGGUCGUCCCAUCUGCUUCCCUUGGGAGCUUAGGACUAGUUUAAAUUAUACCCUUUCAGAGGAUCUUUUUGUUUGAGUUAUGUUAUGGAGUAGUCUAAUUUUUUCUCUUUGAUCGGUAUUUCUUUCACUGUCAUCAUUGGGCUCUACGCUAUACCUUUCUUGUUUUUAUUUUUUAAUGGCUCUUUAGUGUUUGAAUGGCUAUUGGGCCAAUAUUUGUUUCAGUCAACACUGAUUUGGGCUCUCUAGUUUCUCGUAUCCAAUGGAUGAGUAAUGGAUCUUAAAACUA